CACGCUGCGCAGCCGAGGCGAUGGGCGCGCGGGCCUGCGCGCUGCUGCUGGCGCUGCUGCUGGCGCUGCUGCUGGCGCGGGCGACCCUCGGGAUACCAGGUCCCAUGAACGCGAGGCUGCUAUUAAGGCCAUGCGGCUGGCAGACCAAACCGUCGCGAGUGGUGGGUGGAGAUGACUCGAAGCUUGGGCGCUGGCCAUGGCAGGGGAGCCUGCGUUACUGGGGCUCCCACCUUUGCGGAGCAAGCCUGCUCAGCCGCCGUUGGGUGCUCACAGCUGCACACUGCUUCAGAAAGUGAGUCUGGGGUCAGGUGGGGGCUGCCAAGGCAGGCGGGAGGGCGGUGCCCCUGACCUUGGAACCCUGUUCAGGUUCUUCCAGAAUAUUUCUACGUUCAUCUGGGGGUAUUCUUUUUGUGUGUGUGUCCUUAACCCAAAUGGCACUACCCUCUGUGCCAUCUGCCCUCAUUCCACCUCUGG